GCAUGUACAUUUGUAUGUGUGCGAUAUCUCUUCAAAAUUUGUUAUAUAAAUUGCGGUUUUAAAGGCUCUAGUUCACAUUAAACAAUUUCUCGGAGAAGCUCAACAAAAACGUCCAAUAAUUGACACAGCUGUGUUGGAAUAUUAAACUAAAAGAAAUGUCGAAAAUUUUUUAUGUAUUGUUGUUGGUAGCAUGCGCCACUUUGAUCGCUUAUGCUCAAGAAGAAGCACCAGAAGAGCAACAACAAAAGCAACAAUGUAAGCCGGUUGGAGAAUUCUGUUUCGAGAAUAAUGAGUGCUGUACUGAAAUUUGCACGAAGCAAUUGAUGACGCUUAAAUAUUGCGCGACCGAAAGAAGCCAAGCCUCCAUAGAGGAGGAGGAGGAGGAAGAAAAAGAACCACAACCGGAACCACAACCAGAACCAUUAGAGGAGGAAGAACCUAACAACGUUCCUUCUGAAUAGAUAUAUGGUGCCUAAUAAACCAUUGGUCUUUGUUUAACAAUUUACUUUAAAAAAUUAUUUCAAUUUCUUUCCUAACAAUUAAUCAAUACUUAGCAUAAUAUUUGUUAUUGCCAUUGGAUAAAUACAUUAUUAAAAAGAAAAA